AUGGCCGAAACUGAAGUUCAAGAUACGGCAGAGCAUCUGAAGGAGGUGGAGGAUGCCAAUGCAGCGCAGGGGGUGGUUAAUGAUGGCGGGUCGGCCAGCAAGGCUGCAGACGCCAGACAGGCCACAGCGGUGGCAAGCAAGCCGUCGAGUCGAGGUUCUACACCCGCCUUGCCGUCUCCAGGAUCAGGUUUAGUGCCGCUCCGUGGAAGCUCAGGCACAACCUCUGCACCGAUUCUCAGCAUGCCCCAUCCGAAACGUUUCACGCAUGUCGACAUUAACAAGCGGUUCCUGGAGAAGAACUCUCAGCUUGCUAGCACGAGUCAUGCACCAGCCACGUCGAGUGCCAUCAAGACCGCGAGCUCCAUCCAGAAGCCUGCUCUCCAAACAACGCCUUCACAUUCAAAGCUUGUCACUGCGAAAUUAACUGCGGAUACGCCAAGAUCAUCAACGACGGGUCCAGGCUGGUCACGCCCGUCAUCAACAAGCUCGUCGAUUGCUGCUACUCCGGCGGUCAGUUCAAGUGCAAAGCCCACUCCUGCCACUACGCCUGCUACCGGUCACGGCGCUCCCCUACCCGUGCCAACAGGCAAAGUCAUUCAACCACAGCCUCGUACAGCAGAUUCUCCUGCAGUGCUUCGCAAAGAUGGGACUAACAAGCCAGCUUGGAGGAGUACUCCGACCACGGUUGUAUCCGCCCCGCGGCCGGAUAGUGUUCAGAACGAAUUUCCGACAGCGGCUGAGGUAGCCCAAGUGCAAUCGACGAAACUCGUUGAGAAGAAGCAAAUAGCAGAAGUAGCGGCUGCUCAGAAGCAGGUGUUGGCGGCAGAAGCAGAUGCUUUCCGUGGAGUGCACUUGGGGCCAAAUGUACAUCACUGGGACGAGGAUGAAGGUGACGACAAUAACUUUUUGGAUGAAGUCAUUGAAUUCGACGACGGGCGUCAGUAUACCAUUCCUCAGGCGAAGUCGCCCCCUCCAGAAGAAAUUCAGAAGGCUAGCGGACUGUCGGAGAAACAGCCAGAAAGUCAUAAUCUGCCUGUGAGUAAAGAGGAACGCUUCGCAGAUGACUUCGAUCGGAGCUGGCCCAGAUCGCGCAAUGGGUUCGCCCAUGAGCGCAAUAAUCAGCCAUUGUUAUCACCAUCAGCGACUUCGUCACAGUCUUUGCAUUCGCCUCAAGAGUCCUCACGACAGCUAUUCAACGAGAGGUCGAACAGGCUCGAACCAUAUUCUUCAUAUGCCAGCAGCAGGCUCCCUGGUCCUCCACGCGACUCCUACUUCGGUCGCCGAGGUAGCCGAUCUGAUGCAGGUCCUCCUCCGGAGUUCAGAGGUGGUCGGGAUGCGCCACCACAUUCCGGCAUACAAUUGUUACAGAAGCCUCACAAUGGACAUACAGGACCACCUGUAGACGAGGCACCUAUGCGUUCGCGCAUCUUUGGCGAUGGCCCAGGGUCUCAUGGCCCUCCUGAUGGUAGCCGCUUCCGGGACCGGGAUUUCGCAAAGCGAGACGGCACCUUCAGCGGUCGGCCAGACUACAAUCGCUCGAGAGAUUUUCACCAUGCUCCCGGUAUGCCACCACCAAUAGGAAUGCCAGAUCGUCCACGCCGGUCCUCGAAUAUGGGCCCGCCGCCACCGUCUUUAGGUCAAGAGGUUAGGGACGGGAGGCAGCUUCCGCCUCAUCUGUCUGGGGCCCACCCGCCGGCCGAUAUGUGGAGAACACCCUCGGCAUCUGGAAGAUCGCGUCGCUUGUCUACGGCGUCAUCUAUUAGCCACGGCCCUUCUGCCUCUGCGACGUCGCCACAAGCCUCUCACGCCUCUGCCGUCGCAGUCUCUCCUGUCGUCCCUGAGGCUUCUUUACAGCCUCCGAUCAUGGAUCUUGAGGAGGCGAGGAAGCAAGCUAUGCACAGUGCGGCUGAGCGUGCGAGGCUUCGUCGCCAGCAGGAGGAAGAGGAGCGUGAGAAGGAGAGGGAAAGGGCGCGGAAGAAGGCGGCUGAGAUUGAGGCUAAAUUGAAGGCAGCUGAAGAAGAGAAGAAGGUGGAGCAGAGCAAGGCAGUAGAAGCGCAGGCUGUUGCCAUCAUCGAGGAUGCUGUUCGGUCGGUCGUACUAGAACAGUCAUCUGAGGCACAUUUGUCGAAGCCACUAGAGAUGUCCCCUUUAGUGCCUCCCGCACAACCCAGGACAUUAUUCGGCAGACCGCCGUCCUCGAAAGGGUCAUUGCGUCCAGGCUCAGAGCGUCGUCUUUCUAUGGUGACCCCUCUCUCCCCUGCUGCCGAAGCGGAAACAUGGCGAAAGCCCGUUCAGUCUCCCGUGGUGCCACCGUCCCAGCCGCCGCCGCCUGCCUCGCUGCCCCUUUUCGAACAGAUCGACUCGUUCUCUGUGGAUGUGGGCGGUGGUGACGUCGAGGUUGUCGACUUCAAUGAGCACGGAAAGCUUAUUGGAGUUGAAUUUCCUGAGGUCUCUGAGGCACAGCCAGAAGCUGCUGCUUUGCUACCGUCUCAUAAGCCUACAAGGCCUUCUGCCGCCGACUUCUUCUACGAUACCGAGCCUUCGCCGCCGAAAGUGGCACCACUACCGCCCUCAAAGGCCGACGAGGGUCCUUGGAGAAGGAAGGUAUCGCCUGUGCGCGAGCAUCUCACGACUCAGCUUGAACGGUCGCCAGAGAGACUUACGCUCGAUAUCUCACCAACAUUGUACCAUGCAAAUCCGACUGCACCGUACCACAGGCCAGGUCACCUGCAUCUCGAGGAGCGGGAUCGUCAGCCUAGGGAGCACGGGCAAUAUCAUCCUGUGCAACACCAUGCCGCAUUGAAGUCGCCUUCGACACCCUCGUACCGCGAGGCUCCGAUGUCUGCUCUGAAUGACACCAUGGCGCGCAUCAAAGGCGCACUCGAUGGAAUGCACAAACCUGCCCCGAACCACAAGUGGUUGCCACCUGCUCUUCGCCUUCGCUCAUCUCCCUCUGAGCAAUCUCCACAACAUGGACCAGACGAAGGUUUUCCUCAUGAGACGUUCGAUGUCACUGGUUAUGAGCCGCCGUCGUCACCCAAGCCUGCUUGGAACCACUACGCGGUCAAGUUGCCACAGAUCUCCUCCAUACGGGAGCCCAUCCAUUUCCGGCGACUUCGCGCGUUCGACUCUCGCCAGUACAUAAGGCUCGACAUUUUGUCGCUGAUACCUCCCCGUGAAGGUGGUAAGCGUGCGUUCAACAUGAAUGAACUUCUGUUUCCGAGGCCAUCUUUCGUCAAGGGACGCCCCGAGUACCGUAUAUCUCUGCCAAAGCCUUCCAGAGCGCGAGUCACGGAGAACGGCUUGAUUGUUAACCUACCGACACCAAUUUGUCCGCCGAAGUCCGCUGAGUCCGGAGCUUUCGGCCGUCGCGGAGAAGCAGAUGGAGUAUCAACCUGGCGUAGAACUGGUCCAUUGCCUUUAAAGGGGAAAGAAACGAACGAGACGGUGCAUGUGAAUGGGCUUGACACUGUGAGCCGGUCACCACCGCCUGAGCCAUCGCACACCCCGGCAGAAGUCUCAGCCUCGUCGCCGACUGUUAGUGUGCCUCCUACGAAGGCAAAAGCGCCGGCGAAGGUCCCCAACGGUUCGGGUGUCGCAUUCUACCGUGACUCGCGUAUCGAAACAGCGAAUUCCUCUCCUUCUGCGGCUGUCAAGUUCAUUGUCAGCAGUGAGCUUGAAGACGAGUUGUCUGCCGCAGAUAGAUCACGAAUGGAGUUGGCAGUAAUGGCCACACCCGCACCUCAGUCCGCUGAGAGUACGGCGCUCGUGGCAUAUUCGGAACGCAACGUGGAGGUUACUGCCACGAAGACAUCGAAGAUCAGCUCCCCAUGGGCGCCGGCACGGGAUCUCACCAAAGAACCCUCAUCGAGUGAUGCUAUUCAAGAGCAGGUGAAGGCAAUUUGGUCAUCGAAGUCUAACAAGACGGAGAGUCCUUCGCAGAAUCUGUUGGAUGACCUAGCAAACGACCUGGCUGCAGUGUCUUUCACAGCACCUGAAACAAAGCUAAACGAACCUAGCACCCAGGCGCCGCCAAUCGUGAAUGCUCCAUCGCGCAUGUCCUCUCAAGACGUCGCUCGUGCGUUCCAGCAAGUACCCAACUCCUCUGCGAACCAGUCGUCUUCGGCUAAGGCGAGCACCCUCCCGCCAGGCCCCGCCGCAUACAAUGCCUUUAGGGAUGCGAGCGUACCCUGGUUAUCCACCAUCGAUGAUGAGUUCGCCAAGCCCGACACUUUACCCGCCUGCCAUGGCCACCAGCCCUGUACCGCGAUCUAUGCUUGCGUCGUCGCCUCAUUAUCCACCUCCAAUGUGGGUAGCAAUGCCACCGCUGCCGAAUGGCCCGCCUGGGAUGAUGCGCCCCGUCGCCUCUCCGUAUGGCCCGCAGCUCAUGCCUUACCCGCCACCUGGCGCCAUGCCGAUGUACGCCCCACCUCCGCCUGGUAUACAGGGUAA